AUGGCUCUGUCUCAGAUUCAGUGUCUGAACGAGCAGCAGGUGAAUCUGCGCGUCACCGAGUCCAGGCCGGAGUUCGUGUACAGUGAGGAGCAGAGGCUGGCCCUGGAGACGCUGCUGGAUGAAGGGCCGAGCUGUUUUCAGGACUUCAUCAAGACCAACCGGGUUCGCGGUUUCCUGUCGGACCUGGAGCUCGCGCGGCUGUGCGCCUCCGUGGAGCCGUACUGCCCGGUGUCACCCGAGGACUCGGACCGCGGCGACGGGGACGGAGCGGGCACGCGCGUGUCCCUGCAGUACUGGCCCGCGCGCUCCGAACGCGCGCCCCCGCGGCUGGAGCUCGGCUGGCCUCAGCGCGCGACCUACCGCGGCGCGACUCGGGUCGCCGUGCACGCGCAGCCGCCCCUGCCCGGCGACCCGCAUGUUAAGGAGGUCAUCAGGAGGAGCAUCGCACAGGCACACAAGGUCAUCGCUGUGGUCAUGGAUUUAUUUACGGAUGUGGACAUCUUUAAAGACCUCUUGCAUGCGAGCUUUAAGCGUAAUGUGGCUGUGUACAUCAUACUGGAGGUUACCGGGGUCCCCUACUUCCUGAAAAUGUGUGAGAGUGCUGCAAUGCACACAGGACACCUUAAGAACCUGAGAGUGCGGAGUAUCAGAGGAACUGGCUUUUUCACUCACUCGUCCAAGAAAGUAUGUGGAAGCCAAAGUCAAAAGUUCAUGGUUGUUGACGGAGACAAAGCUGUUUCAGGAUCCUACAGUUUCACAUGGACUGCGUCGAGAUUAGACCGGAGCAUCAUUACCGUGCUCACAGGCCAGGCUGUGGAUGUAUUCGAUCAGUUGUUCCAAGACCUGUAUAUGAUGUCUGACGCUGUUAACUUGAACACGAUUCAUUUGGAUAAAGAACAAAAGCUGGAACCCAUCCCUACCAAAGCGGCUCCUGUUGUGCAGCUCUCAGCCACCAUGGCCCUCAAACUCAUCAACCCCAAAUACGCCCUGGUGUCUGGAAAUGCUGCUACCAGGAGGAAUCAUGCAGAUCCUGAGACAUGCACAUCCAAAAGCAAUGGCACAAAACGAACGAAGGACAUGCCAGACAGUCCACACGUUCACCCUGGACUGGUCCACUUAGGAAAAGCCAACAUGAUCGACUACCUGCCUGUUUGGCCCGAGCCAGAGCCGCCCAGUGAUGUCAUCGGUUUUAUUAAUAUAAGGGACGGUAAUAAACCUCUACAACCUCACCUCACGCGUUCAGAACUCUUUGAGGUCUCGCGAGCCAUACGAUUUAAAGACCCGCCCCACAUGCCAUGUGAAUCUCUGUCCGAGACGGUUUGUCCAAGAUCCACCUCGCCAGCUGCUUCAUACUAUGAGAAGCCUCUUAUGCAGCACCAAAUUAGUCCGGAGGAAAGUAACAACCAGCUUUCUCAGAAGGAACCUCAAUCAAGCAGUCCAGAAGAACAGGGUGUACGUCUGCCUCCGAUUUCAAAUCCUAAAGCAGCUCACAGUAACGAGAAGGAUAACAAAGACUCAUCUGUGGAUCACGGUAUGGGAAAGCAAUCCGACCUCUUAUCCGAGCAAAGAGAAGACACGGAUGUUAAUAAUAUUUUAGCCAGCGCUUUUGCUGAACCAAGUAAAGAGUCUCAGAUAUCUGGGGAUCAUCAUAACGCACCAUUUCCCAGUCCUGGAUCUAACACUGUAGAAAACAUUGCAAAAACUAUCAGUAAUAAAGAUAACCGAGACAAUCAUUGGAACACACAAGAACUCAGAGAAUCAGGUACGAACGAGACUGAUUGUACAGACUGUGCAAUACAAAAUGAACAGAGAAUCCUUUCUGACUCCAGUUCCUCUUUUUCUUCAGAGGAGUAUUUUGAGUGCAAUGAGGGCGGGAAUGGUGAUUCUGAGCUUAUGGUUAUGGAUAACGGAAUGUCGGCCGUCUCUGGGUACGCAGACGAGCCGAAGACCGGCGCGAAACCCUUGUCCUUGUUAAUCUCUGGCUUAUGCGAGACUGCGUCAAGCUGUGAGGUAAGAAAAGACACAGAAGAGUCUAGGCUCCGUUCUGCACCACCAGAAGAGUGCGAUGAUCAACAGGCCACUGAUGUGACAGCUGAUAAGACCCCCGAUUUAAAGUUGACGUCAGCGAACGGAAGAAAUGGUUCAUCUGAGUCGGUUUCUAUAGGCAGUAAAGAGCAAACACAGGAAACUGAUUCUACCUUACAACAUGGACCAGAGAGCCAGCUAAUACAUCAGGUUAAGAUUGAUGUACAGGAGCGUGAAUCGAUUUGGAUUUCGGUGGUAGAUCACAGGUUUAACAUGCAACAUGUAGAAACAAACAACAGUGCUGAAUCGCAGCUAAGAAUAAACAGAUGGCCUUACGGGCCAGUACGGAAAGUUGCAGAGAAACAGUGCAUCGUGUUUUCAGACCCAGGUGGCAAAGUGCUGCGGCUAGGAUUAAACCCAGAAACUUUCACAAGGUUUUACAAACCUAACCUCAAAUCUGAGCGAGAGGUUAAAGAUGACACACAAUCAAAACUGUGGGUAAAACGAGCUUCUCUAAACGGUGGUGUUCAGACAGGCCCAAGUACUAAAAAUAGUCAUAAGGAAGACAGCAGAUUGGCUUUUUGUACGAAACUGAUGGUUGCACGAGGGUCAAAGGUCGAGCAGGAUAAAGACAGUGAUAAUUCCACAUUAGAACUAAAUGAAAGUGCGGCAGAUGAAAUCGCGGAUAAAGGAGAGCAGCUAAAACCAAAGACAUCAACAGGCUGCAGGGUCGGGCAGCUCAGUGCUGAUACAGAUCCCUCGAAACGGAAGACGCUGGAAUAUAGGCGUGUGCAGCCAGAGAAUAAGAACAAGCCUGGGGUAAAAAACAAGUUUGGGAGAAAUGCCAUGAAGCCGGUCCUACCUCAACCUUCAACACAAGUCACGGUCGGUCCAACCGAAGCAUCAGUCACCAAUCUCUUGGAGUUCGAGAUGAUCCACCUGGAGGACAGCCGGGCCAAAACAUGGCCGUUGAUGAUCUUCGAGUGACUCCUGCCAAGCUUGCGAGGAGACAUACUGCUCUCGUCAGGUCAAACCAAACCCGGCUCAGACCCUCACAGACGGAGCGGCGCUACUCUUCUGAUGAACAGCCUCAGGCGCUACAGGACAGACCGAGGGCCGACCAGUUACACCAGCAUACAAGCUUCCGGCAGCAUUCUGCAUCAACCACACGCGUCAGGUCUUCAUUUAGAGGAGCAUCAUUUCCAAAACCUUUAAGCAUCUUAAAAGAGAGAACUGCUGGCUUUUCAUCACAAAUGAAUCAGACAAAGAGCAUUAAAGAGAAAGAUAAAACAUUAGAGAUAAAAACACAAAGAGAUAAGUGAAAACAUUGUAGGUACUUUUUAUGUUCUCUAUUAUAUGUAGAAUUUAAAAGUUGAAUGUACAGUAUGUACAGUAGGUAUUAGUGUUCAUUCUGUCAGCUAUUUUAGUUUUAGUCUUAGUCCUGGGAUAAAUGUCCCCGUUAGUUUUUAUUUUUAUUGUAUCUUAUUCUGUUUUUAUUUAGUCAAAAGAACCUUUAAGUAUUUUAGUCUACUUUUAGAUAAUGAAAAACUUUUUAGCAAUACGAUUAUUAUUAAUUAACCCUACAGUCAAUAUAGUCUAGCCAAAACCAUUCAAAAAAUCAUAACAUUUAAAAUGUAUUAACAAAAAUCUGAUGUUUUCAGCUAAUUAUAUUUAUUUCUAACCAUCACAACAACUGCUGUACAUCCAUAUUUUUAACUACAAAACAAUGUAUGAAUUAAUAUGAAUUUACACACUUGGACUGUUAUAGGGAUUCUGUAGCUCCUAUGGGUCACAAUCAUUUGCUAACCUGUUAGCUUAAUGUGUUUUACCGGUUUAACUCACUCACUCUCACUUAUCUUCUAUACCACUUUAUCCUGUAUUCAGGGUCGCGGGGACUUGGAGCCUAUCCCAGGAGACUUAGGGCACAAGGCGGGGUACACCCUGGACAGGGUGCCAAUCUGUUGCGGGGCACACACACACACACUCACUCACACACUCAUACCAACUACGGGCAAUUUGGAAACGCCAGUUAGCCUAACCUGCAUAUCUUUGGGCUGUGGGAGGAAACCGGAGUACCCGGAGGAAACCCACCAAACAUGGGGAGAACAUGCAAACUCCAUGCACACAGAGAUGGGAACCGAACCUGGCCGAGAACUGAACCCAGACCCUGGAGGUGCAAGGCGACAGUGCUAAGCACCAUUUAAUAAUUAAAUGAAAUGAAAUAAAAUACAAUACAUUACAACAUAAUAUAGUUAACAUGUGGUAAUAUCAUUACCACAAAGAGUCUGUAAAACUGGGUGAUUCUUAUGGGAUGCCUUGAUGAGUCUCUUCAGGUUUGUGGUAUUUUUCCCAGUGAUUGUGUUCCCCCACUGUUUCCCCUUCGAUAUUAUGACACAUCUGCUUUUUUUCUCUCCGGUUCAAUAUGAAGAAAAUGGACCCAAAAAUCGUAACGUCCCGUCAAUAAAAAUUAAUAUGUUGACAAAAAUGAAGACAGAUGUUUAAUUAGUUUUUAUUUUUUUUAACCACAUUUUGGUCUCAUCAAAAAUAUUGCAUGAUAAUUUCCUCACUGUCACUGUGCAUUGA